GUUUUACAUUUUUAAAGAUAAAAAUUAUUUGGUGUGUUUUUAUUAACAGAUUAUUAACGAUGAGGAUAACGUUAAAAAAAACAGUUGUUUGUACAGCUUUAUUGUGUUAUGCUAUUUUGUCAUGCAAGUUAUUAAAAUUGUCAAAUUUUUUUACGUUCAGUAUAUUUGAUAAUGGUGCUAACAAAAUUAAAAAGUUAAGUUUUAAUUAUGAAAGAAACCCCAUAAAUAAUUACGAUAAUAAAAAAAUUAUUUAUCCAAACAACCAAACCUUGUUUGUAAAAAACUUAGAUAAAGAUAAACCUAUUGCUUUCCAAAAAAGGUACGUAAAAGACAAAAUUAUCUCAACUUUAAAUUCAAAGAAAAGCGAUAAUUUUAUAACAAAAAGUGAAUAUAAAGACCAAGCCGUUAACAACGCUAAAUUAGUUAACAAAACACAAAAUAUUCAAACAGAUUGGACUGAAUUGAUUUACUUUCACAAAAAAGUAUACAAUAAAUACACUGAUAAAGAACUUCUUGAUUAUUUCGACAGAGAGAAAAUAUCAAAUCAGUUGUUUAGAUACCCUUUAGAUAUUGAUUCUAAUCGCGAUUUGCUUAAAACGUUGUUUCCAAGUCCAGUAGAACGUCGGGAUCGAGUAACUGAUCAGUUAAGAUUAAAGCUGAAAACUAAUACAACUAAAGUCAUACUUGCUUAUAAUAAUCAGGCGGAUUUGAUUAGUGAGUCUAAAUUGAAAAACUGCAACGUAGACAAAUGUGUUAUUAAGACGGAUAUAAACUAUCUUUCUUCGGCCGAUGUUGUAUUUUUUGAGAAUACUAUUUCCUUGUACUCUAAGCAAAAUCUUCCAAAAGAUCAGGUUUGGAUAUUAUAUCAGCUUGAAUCUCCAUUAAAUAGCCCAAUUCAAGUGAAUGAUAACUUAGUUAACUGGACGGCCACUUACCGCCAAGAUAGCGUUAUUAACACACCCUACGAACGGUUCACGCCGUACUUGAACAUCAGCAAAUUUCCUAAAAUUCCAUUACGAAAUUACGCUUUAAAUAAAAGCAAAACUGUUGCAUGGUUUGUUUCAAAUUGUGCCACUCAAAAUGAACGUUCCACUUUAGCAAAAGAACUUAACAAAUAUAUUAAAGUUGAUAUUUAUGGAUUAUGUGGUACGUUAGAAUGUCAAAGGAGUGAUGCUGGUUGUUUUAAAAAAUUAAAAAGAGAGUACAAGUUUUACUUGUCUUUUGAAAACUCUAAUUGCAAAGAUUACGUCACUGAAAAGUUGUUUUGGAACGCAUAUGAGAAUGAUGUUGUUCCUAUUGUUAUGGGAGCGCAUCCUAACGAAUAUAAAAAUAUCGCUCCUCCUCACAGUUAUAUACAUGUGGACGAUUUUCCAUCAGUAAAAGAUCUCGCAAAAUAUUUAAUUUUUCUCGAUCAAAAUGACUUAUAUUAUAAUCAAUACUUUUUAUGGAAAAAUACUGGAUCCUUUAUCGACACUAAAUUUACAUGCCGGUUAUGUGCAAUGGCACAUUUAGCAACUUUGUUUCCAAUGUGGUACUCAGAUCUAGCAAGUUGGUGGAAAACCGAAACUUGUCGAUAUUCGAAUUCAAUAUCUUGGCGCAAUACUAAAGAAUCAGUAGCUUACGCACAAUACGUAAAGUACGGAUAUCAACGCACAUAAGAUUUAAUCAAAAAGCAAAAUUAAUUACUAAUAAAAUUAAUAUCAAUUAAGAAAUUGAUAAAUUUAAUAUUAAUUAAAAAAUAAAAUACUAAAGUUUUAUUUAACAUAUUUAUUUAUUUUUAUUUU